AGUGCCCUGACAGCGACCCAGAGGGAGCUGGGCCAGCUGCAGGAGCUCAGUAACCACCAGAAGAAGAGGGCGACAGAAAUCCUGAACCUGCUGCUGAAGGACCUGGGGGAGAUCGGGGGAAUCAUCGGAACCAACGACGUGAAAACAUUGGCAGAUGUGAACGGGGUGAUCGAGGAGGAGUUCACCAUGGCCCGGCUCUACAUCAGCAAGAUGAAAUCCGAGGUGAAGUCCCUGGUGAACCGCAGCAAGCAGCUGGAGAGCGCCCAGAUCGACUCCAACAGGAAGAUGAACGCCAGCGAGAGGGAGCUCGCGGCCUGCCAGCUCCUCAUCUCACAGGUGGGGCUGUUCCUCCCCGCUCCCAGGGCUCCUUCCUGCCUUCUCCCGAGCUUUGAGGGCUUCCUCAGCCUCUUCCCUCGUGGAAUGUGUGUGCUCGGAGCGAGAAAUGAGGCUUCAGGGGGCAGAAGU